GACUGCCUGCAGCUGCAGCCAGAGGACAAGGUUUUAGACCUGGCGACGGGCACGGCCGAUGUCAGCAUCCUCGUCGGGCAGCAGCUGAGGACCCUUGGCGCCGCCACGGACGCCGUCCUGGGAGUCGACCCGAGUGGCGAGAUGCUUCGCAGGGGUGUGGCCAAGGUGGAGUCCAGCGGCCUCGACCACGUCGUCCGCCUCGUCAAAGGCGACGCGCAGGACCUCACCAGUGUGCAGGGCAUCGACGCAGCGGGCACGGUCGCCGACCCCAGCGCAGGGGCGGCGACGGGAUCGAUCGACAAGAUCAGCAUGUCAUUCGGCAUCCGCAACGUGCCUGACCGUCCGAAGGCGCUGGCCGAGAUGCGCCGGGUGAUGCGCAAGAAGGAUUCGAGCAGGGUUUGCAUCCUCGAGUUGUCCCUGCCCAGUGGAGAGACCUUCUUGUCCAAGGUGGCCAGAGGGUUCAUCACGCACGUCGUUCCUAUGAUCGGCUGGGUGGCGACAAUGGGCUCCGGUGGUGACGAGUAU